AUGCCGGGCGCCGAACCUGAGCUGCGCCAACGCAGCGUCAACGCCAAGAACGGGCAGCUCAUUCGCGUCGUCAAACCCACCGAGGAGGGCCAGAAGCGCGAUCAGGUCCUCGACAGCCAUACCGAGUAUGAGUUUGGUGGCCCAUGGGGCGUCUUCGCCAUCAUGACCGGCUUCCCCAUCCUCAUGUAUUACCUCUGGAUUUGCCUCAUCUUCUACGAUGGAGCCCUCGUUCACCCUUCCUCGCUCGAUGACAUCCAGCCGUUCUUGUGGCGCAUGUGGGAGCACAUCCGCGUGGACGCAAGCCCAAACGCGUACGCGUGGAAGGUUUUCACCGGUCUCAUCGUCUACCAACUCGCCCUCGCCUGGGUCGUCCCCGGAUACAUGCAAGAAGGUCUCCCUGUUCCGUCUUUGGGCUACAAGACCCUCAUGUACAAGUGCAACGCCAUCGGCUGCAUCUAUGUCACCAUGAUCACCGCCGCCGCCCUCCAUUACUACAACAUCUUCCGCAUGACUGAGAUCAUCGACAACUUCGGCCACCUUAUGACUGUCGCCAUGAUCUACGGCUUUGGCGUCUCCUUCUUCAUGUACUUCAUCACUGUCGCCACCGGAAACCAGAUUCGGAUGUCCGGGAGCUUCAUUUACGACGUCUUCAUGGGCGCAUGCUUAAACCCCCGUCUUGGCCCCGUCGACUUGAAGAUGUGGCUUGAGGUUCGCAUUCCGUGGGUUAUCGUAUUCUUCAUGUCCGUCUCCGGAGCAUGCAAGCAGUACGAGACUUACGGCUACGUGACACCCAACAUGGCCUUCAUGUGCUUGGCGACCUGGCUCUACCUCAAUGCGUGCGGCAAGGGUGAAGAAUGCAUCCCGCAAACAUGGGACAUGUUCCACGAGAAAUGGGGUUUCCUUGUUAUAUUCUGGAACUUUGCGGGCGUACCUUUCUCCUACAUCUACUCGGUUGUAUACAUGGCGUCACACGACCCUUCGAAGUACCGGUUCUCGACUCCGACCUACGUCGCCUUGUACUCCACGAUUCUGAUCGCCUACUACAUCUGGGACACCUCGAUGUCGCAGAAGUCCCGUUUCAAGAUGCAAACCCAGGGCAUUUUCUCUUACCGGAUGACGUUCCCGCAACUUCCUUGGGGCACCAUCAAGGAUCCCAAAUUCAUCCAGACCGCCCACGGCAACCGCCUGCUUAUCAGCGGCUGGUGGGCGUACUCGCGCAAGCCUAACUACGUUGCGGACUGGACCAUGAGUCUGACGUGGGGGCUCGUUCAGGGCUCGUGCUCCGCUAUCCCUUACUUUUACUCGGUCUUCUUCAUCGUCGUUCUCAUCCAUCGUUGCACUCGCGACUUUGAGCGGUGCGCGCUCAAGUACGGGAAGGACUGGGAGCGCUACUGCUCCAUCGUGAAGUACAAGUUCAUACCCUUCGUCUACUAA